UAAGAAACCUCUGGGGCCCCGCCGUCUGGCCCCCGCGGACCCGCGACCCGCCACCCGCUUCCGACCCGUCAGCCCGGCUCUCGUGUGCACCAUGUCUGGUUCCUCCAGCGUCACCGCAAUGAAGAAAGUGGUUCAGCAGCUCCGGCUGGAGGCUGGGCUCAACCGCGUGAAGGUUUCCCAGGCAGCUGCAGAUUUGAAACAAUUCUGUCUGCAGAAUGCUCAACAUGACCCCCUGUUGACUGGAGUAUCUUCAAGUACCAAUCCCUUCAGACCCCAGAAAGUUUGUUCCUUUUUGUAGUAAAAUGAAUUUUGAAGGUGUUCCAAACCACUUUUCUUAAACCGGAGAAUAUUCAAAGAGAGCUAAAUCUGAAGCCUGUACAAAAAGCUUAUCCUAUAACAUGUGCCAUACUAUACAAA